AUGAAUCAAAUUUCUUAAUGCUAUUGCAGAACUUUAUAAGUUUAUUCGGCAUCAUCUCGAUAAAAAAAUGAUAUUAAUAACGGGAAUAGUAUCCUUCUUCCUCUAUCAUCAUUAAAAGAUAUCUGCAAAAUUUAUCGUGGAGCCUUGACCUUUAAAUUAUAAUCUGAUCUAGACGAAAAGAAGUCUAUAUAUGUAGGAGUUCUGGAAUUCACUGCAGAUAAAGGUACAUGUGUAGUACCAGACUGGAUCUUUGAUGCCAUGGGCUUUACUAAUGGAUUAAAAAUUCCGAUAACUUUCGAAAGUAUCAAUACAUUAGGCAGACUCAUAAAGGUUUAACCUCAUAAAACUGCUUUCAUAUAAUUACCUGACCCUAAAUAUAUCUUAAAAUCCUAUCUUAAGAAUUUCACAUGUCUCACUUAAAAUGAAACAAUUUCAAUAAAGUACCAAGAUGUCAAUUAUUUAAUAGAUAUCGUUAAGGUUGAACCCAUCAAUGAAUUUAAUGCUAUUUGUAUUAGCUAAUUUGAAUUGGAUAUCGAUUUCAUGGACCCAUUAGUAAUAUUAUAUACAAUGUAUAUAGGACAUGGAUGUUACAAAAAUAUUGAUAAUUUAGAAUUCAAGCUCUGAGGCUCAACAAGAGAAAAUAAUUAUUUAGGAACAAUAACCAGUCUUUCAAGGUACUGGAAUCCGUAUCGAUGGAUAACCCUUGAGCAUUAAUCAAAGUUCGUCACAAAAGGAGGAUAUACCAGUUAAGUAAUAUGAUCCCCGUAAAUAAAAAUUGGUUCAUGGAUUAAAGUAAGCCUACCCGAAUUUCUUUAAUGGACCAUCUGUGAAAUGGGGAAAUGGAAAAACUAACUACAAUAUCCUUGAUAAUUAUCAUCAUGAAUUAACCACCAUAUGAAAACUCAAAUUGGC